ACUAGUAGAGUAGUUGUCGCGACAUAGAUUUUUAGGAAGGAAAAAUUUUUUUUUUGUUUAAUAAAAUAUAUUUAAAUAAUAUAUUUAAAACCUGUUUAAUUUAAGAAAACUUAGCACACUACUUUCCGUAUAAAAUUGUGAAGAUAUUUUAAUUAAAAAAAUAUGACAAUACGACUGAGAAAAUGAAGUAAUGAUUUUAUAGUGACAUCUUUUCUUGUUUUGUUGUUGCCCCCUCCCUAAUAAGAAAAGUGAAAAAAAAAUUUGUAAUUUAUAUGGUAAAAAAAGAAAAUUUAAUGUGCGAAUACAAAUAUUUAUAUUUUAAACCUAGCAUUUUUUUUGUUAAUAGAGUAUAAAUUGCCUUAAUUAAUUAAGUAGUAUGAACGAAUAUUUCGCGAUAUUCUUUAAUUGGAAGUAAUCAAUUUGUGUAGAUUUUAGGGACUAUUAACAUGUUUGACGAUCCACCACUUAAAAAAUAAAAAAUAUAUUUUAGGCAAAAUAAAAAAAAUUAAGAAUUAUUAAUAAUAUUUGAAAAAAUUAAGAUGAAUUAGUGAAUUGAAAAUGAUAUAAAAUUGUUGAGAUGAAGUAACAUAGCAGUUUUAAAACAAAGUGAAUUAAUUGAAAAUGUAAGAAUACCAAAUGAAAUUUCAAAACAGAGCGAUAAAGAGAACAUUCCAUUAUCAAAUUAAAAAUUAAAAAAAGUAAAUACGAAAAGUAUUAAGAAGAAAAAAAAAUAGAAGAAAAAAUAAAUAAAAACAUGUUAUAAAAUAUGGGAAGCGAAAGAAGAAAUGAUAAUAACAAUGGAACUAAUAAAAACAACGAAAAUAACACAAAUAAUUCAAAUGAAAGAACUUUAUUGGCUUUAGAACAUAGCCUAUCAUCCAGUUAUAUCCGACCGGCAAGUUUAGUUGGACCUGAAAAAGAGCCAGUUAAUUUUACCAUUAAUUUAGUUGGAGCACCGCCAGAGGCUGUACAGUUAGUAGAACAUAUCAAAGCUGUUGCUGAACAGUUUUUAUAUCAUUGGAAAACUUUUCCAAUAGUACUUCCACAGCCAUUGGCUGCCACAACUACAAAUGGAAUUAACUCGGUUAAUAGUAGAAAAUCGAAACAAAUAAAUUUGCGAGAUCUUUUUAUUGCUCCACCGUUUGAUGAAUUGGAUGCUGUAGCUGCUGAUAGUUCUGGCGAACCAAGAAGAUUAACUAAUACCCAAUUAAAAUCGUUAAGAGAUCGAGGAGAAUUUGAUGUUCCAAGUCUCAAUUUCCAUGGACAAGUUCAUAAAUGGCGUCUCUCUCAAUUUCUUCAAAAAGGAACAUUUAGAGCACAUGAUUCUUUUCUCAGUGAUUUAGCAUUAGCUGCUCGUUUUAUAGUAAUAACAGCAAGAGCACGUAUAUUUUCACAUUUCUUCUCAGUGGCUCAUGCCGUAAAAGCGUUAUUAAGUGGUAUAAUCAAAUUAAUUGAUAUGAUAAUUGGUGUACCAUCACUUUUAGCGCAUAAUUUAGAUUAUAAAAUUAGAGAAGAACGUUGUAGAUAUUUAGUUGCUGAGCUUGUUUGUAGACCGGAAUAUGAAGAUUGUAUGGAUUCAUUAUGUUCUUACGUAAGAAAACAAUUACGUCGAGCAACGAUGGAAAAAUUUGACGUCGAAUGUGAGACCGCCCAGCCUAUUCCAUAUUUAUUUUUAACACCAAAAGGACAAGAAAUAGAUUUACGUUUAUUUUCAAGGGAUAUAAUACGUAAAGCUCUACCAAUUCUCAUAGGAAUUUUAGAACGUGAAACUCGUGGAUGGUUUUUACACUUUAGAGAACGAUUAAUUACUGAAUUAAGAGAAAAAAAAUUGUCUGAUAAAGAAAUAGAGGAGGAAGUAAACGAAGCUGUAAUGAAAGAAUAUUUACAACGAGUAUACUCAUCAAUAUUAAAUAAUUCUGAUUUAGAAGAUUUGGGGGAUGGUAUACCACAAUUGUUAGUUCAACAAGCUCAAUCUGUUGUUAUUAUGCAUAAAGCUGUUGAAAAAGUUCAAAAAGAGAUGAAAAGAUCACGUGAUGAUCAUCAAAAAUGCUUAUCAAAUGAUCAUUCUGUUCUUUCAAGAGUUGCACCUUGGUUACGUUCGAAAUUAAGAACAGCUGAAUUGACAAAAUUAAGAAAAUCAACUUGGUCAGCACAUGAGGAAGCUUUAAAAAUGUGUACAAAGCAUAAUUUACAGCAAACGUCUUACUUCUUGAGUCGUGACAUGACAUUUAUGAAAGAGCGUGAACCUAUUUUAUUAAAGGAAUUAAAGAAUGCAAAAACACCAACACGUAGUUUUCAAUGGGCGUGUCGUAUAUGGGCUCCAAGAGCUUGGGUAAUAAGAAGAAAUUUCCAAGGUCAAUCUGAAGUAAUACCAACGGUUAUAUGUCAACAAGCAACUUCCAUUGUUACACCAAGAUCAGAUCCGAGUCAACCAGUCUUUUUAGUCGAAAAAGAAACUUUAAAAACAACAAGCACUCGUUGGCCAUUUUGGCGUUUAUUAAAUUUAUUACAACGAACAUGGUGUUGGACAUGGAACAUGAUGUUUAUGUUAGGUAUACUAAUGCCGUGGUGUAGUUCAUUAGGUGUUAGAGCAUUAUUUUGUAUAAAACCAUUUAUGCCUGAUCUGGAAUUAUCACAAGUGAAUGGGACUCUAUUUCCGCGUAAAACAAGUAUAACACCAACAUUAGCAUCUAGGUUAGUAGAAUUAUGGCGAAAUAUUUCAAAAGCGAGAACGCAUUUUGAAACUGAACCAGAUACAGGUUUUAUAGGAAAAGGUUUAACAAGAAAUAUGAAUCGCGUGUGGAAUUAUUUUUUCAAAGGAUUCCUAGGGACCGUUUUACUCCUAUUUGUUUUUCCACUACUCUGUUUAGCAGCGACAUGUUUUAGUAUUUUCCUAGCUUUGACGGCACCACUUUGGAUGCCAGCUUUUACAAUUUCCCUUCAUUUAUAUAUGAUGCUAAUUUAUGAUUUAGACUGUCCAGAUUCUUCUCGAAAUCGAUAUUGCAUCUUUUUGGAAGCACUUAUUUGGAAUAUAUUGAUUCAAGGUUGUAUUCAACCAUUGGCAGCUGUUCUUGUAGCUUCAAUUAUUUGUCCGUUAGCAUCAGUUACUGUUCUAAUCGUUGGAGUUAUCCGUUAUUCAUCACGUUUGCUGUGGGAUUCUUUAACUUUUCAUUUGUUUAUUAAAAAGUAUGGAAGAGUUCCCGCUAGUGAUAGCUUUGCUGUACGUCGAAUAGCAGGUCCAGGUUUAGCUUUGGAUUAUUAUUUUGUAAUAAAACCAGAACAAGCAUUAGUUGAAUUUGAAGCAAAAAUGGAGUUGGAUGAACUUCAAGCAUACCAACAUGCAAUGGAAAGAAUAAUAUUACAACCUCAAAAGGACUUUAGUCAAUUUGUUGAAGCUUGUUUUGGUCCAUUUUCCGCCCAAUUAUCGAAAACUGGACCGUAUCGUGGGCUAGAUCGAGAAGCACAAGAUCUUAUGAGCUCUUUGCACGAAAAACUAGAAAAACGAAGGCGAGAACUACAAUCAGGUCUAACAAGUUCAGUUAAAAGUAGGAUUAAAUUAAAUACGAUGGAAUUGAAAAUUGCAAUACAGUUGGCAGCACAUAUGUUAGAAAAAUAUUACCCUUCUCAUGUACUGGCUCGGUUAUCCAUAACCGAAGAUGAUUUCUGGGACAACAAGGGUUUAUCGAUUAAUGAUUGGCCAGGUCUUGCAGGAUUAAUGUAUACUGAAAUAUUCAGUUUGGAUUUUUUGACACCUUUGAGCGAUUCAGACACCUAUUUUAAAUUGGAACCACAUCAGUCUUUAGAUUUGUCAAAAUAUGUUGAAAUGGUUCAAAAUGCAACUGAUGUUAUUGGGUCAAAUGGCCCAGAUUUAUUGGGAAAUGUCUAUGCUCCGCGUGGCAAUGUUCAAGUCAAAUUACCGUUUUUAGAAGUGUCUGCUUUCAAUCCGCGUUCAAGAAUCACAAUGACGUUUAGGAAGCCUGAGAAAAGGGAAACAAAUUCAGGCUUGACGACGCCUAGAGUUCGGGCUCAUAGAGCACAGCAAUCAAGUGAUACAAACAAACCAUGGAGACCUUGGAAGAGAAAAAAUGCAGACAAAAAUGUUGCUGAGAAGCUAUUAAUUCCGUUGCCCAUUCCACAUCCUGUACAUAUCGCAAUCGCUAUACAUAAUCGUGAUUCUGAAAAUCCCAUACCAUUAGAUUCAGAAUUAUGUUGGGAAAUAUUGAGAGCUAUAGAAGAUUGUCAAGGGGAAAUUCAGGCGGUAACCGUCGCAAGAUAUCGUGGAGGAGCUCCUGAUUCAAGUAUUGAUUCACUUGAUUCAGAUAGCAGUUCAAGAAGUAAUGGAACACGUGAUUCAAUUGCUGCAGCUGGUGGCACUGAAACGUUACCAUGUGGUAAUAGAGAGGUUAGUACAACAAUAAACGUGGAUCCACAAGAAAGCCAACAGAAUACUUCUGGUUUUCACUGGACGCUGAAUAAUUGGGGAGCAACCCAAGCAGCGCGUCGUCGUAAUAAUUCGGGAGUGGUACGUGUAGAUUUAGCUAGUCCAGAAGAUAUUUCUCUAGAUACCGACAGUUCAAGAGUUGUUUUUAGUGCUUACGGCACAACAGUUUGAAUUUAAGUUAAACGAAUUUUUUUACGUUAAUAAAUAUAAUUCUUUUUUUAUAAAUUUUUUUUUUUUAAAUUUUAAAUAUUUACACAAAAAUAAAUUAUAUAUUAUAAUAAAAACAUAACAAAUAUAUUAAUAUCAAUAGUUAAAAGAAAAAAAAACAAAAUAAUAAGAGUAUAAGCACAUGUAAUAGUAUAUUAUUAUUAAAAAAUAGAAAUCAAUUGAAAUAAUUAAAAGAAAAAACUCUAAAUAAAAAUGUUUCGUACACAAUAAUUAAAGUAUCGUAAAAGAAAUAUUUGCUAAUGUUUGGAAAUUCUAGUCGCUAAUUAAGUAUAUUAAAGUUAUAUUUAACAAAAUCUAAAUGAAAUAAACAACAAAUAUAAAAAUAGAAAUUUUGAAAAUACAGAAAAAAAAAAUAUGAAAUAAAUAACUUAGAUACAACUUUUUCAUUAAAUUAUUACAAAGAAAAACUAUAAUAAUAGAAAAUACCAAAUGAAAAGAAAAAACAAGUAAAAUUUUUAAUUAUUAAAUAUAAUUAGAAAAUAAAUACACCAAAAUAAUAUUUAGAAAAUAAUAAAAAAAAAAUAUGCAGAAUUUAUAGUAUUGUGUUAAAAUAUACCAGUAGAACCAUAUGAGUUUAAGAAUUAAAAAAAAAAAAAAAACAAAUCUAUUAAAUUCUUGAACUAUAUAAAUUACACUUCUUGCCUUAAAAAGUUUUAUUUGCUAAUGUUUUUUUUUUUUUUAAUAUAAGUUUGCAAUUUAAAUUUUUGUAUUCUUAAAAUUUGAAUUUUUGUAUAUUUAAUAUACCAUGCAGUACAAAUCCUCAAACACUUAUCUUAUUUUUGAAAAUCAUUUUUUUUGAAAUUGAAGCAACCAAUGCUCUUAAAUAUAUUCGUCAAAAAAAAAAAAUUUUUUUUUAUAGCUAAACAAAUGUUUUUUGCACAAAUUGUUAUAAAGGGAAAAAAAUUUGUUAUUCUAUUGUAAAAUGGUAUUUAGAAAGUUUAGUUCAAGAAUAAUAAUAGACCACAUUUCAGCUAACGAUUUUGUUUUUGUUAAAUUUAAAAAAAUAUUCUUUCAUUGGCUGCUGCAUUAAAGUAAUUUAUUCCAAUUUUUUUUUUUUAUUUUUUACAAUUGAUAUUUCUUAUUAUCAAUUGAAAUUUUAAAAUUUUUUCAAAUCAGUUAAUAAAAGCUAUAAUAUAUGUAUGAUUAUUUUAUUUAAGUAUAUACAUUAUUGUAUAUUAAAAUUUUUAAGACAGCUAAAGUAUUUGAAUUAGUGUUGAAACAAAAUAAAAUUAUCCUUAAAUUAAACACAUUCCUAAAAAUUUAUGGCAAAAAAAAAAUAAUAAUAAACCAUUACCUUUUUACUCCAAAAAGAAAAAUAUUUUCAGUACAAAUUUAAAUUUUAAAAUCAAACCAAAUUAUUUUCUUAAGUACAAAAUGUUUUCUUCGUCAUAAAUUUUAUUAUUAUAAUUUAAAUAUUAAAAUGAGU